AUGAUUUCUAAUGAUGUCAAAGAGGCGAAUACUAUUAUUAAAACAAAUUCUAUAAAUCUUGCAGAGAUUUUAGCUAAAUUCACUUUGAAUCGAGCAUUGUAUGUGAAUGAAUCAAGUGCAUUAUGUUAUCAAUUAUUAGAUCAACUGGAAAGUCAUCUUGUCGUACAGAAAAACGAAGAAAAAGAAAAGAUUCGCAAAGAUAUCAUUGCAUUAGAAAAUCUAUGCUAUCCCACCUUAGGCAAUAUACAGAUUGCUGACAAUGGUUCAGCUUACAUUAAUGAAACAUCGAAAAGGUCAGUAAACAAUCUGACCGACUGGUUAACAGCUCUGUCUGAAACACUUGAACGACAUACCCUCUGGGAUUAUACAAAUGAAUCGAAGUUAUUCAUGACACUGAUUGAAGAUUUAAAAUAUCCACAUGCUAAGAAUAUUUUGAAAUCCAUUGAAAUGUGGAAAAAAUCCUGCUUAUAUUUGUGUUCACUUGAAGAGCAGAAUUAUUUGUCAAGUCUAAAAGCAAACAGUCAACAGUGUUUAUCACUGCAGUAUUUACAGCUACGUAGCAAUGAAGCUGGAAUGCACAAAUUACUCGGUGAACAAGUAAAACAAAAAACAACCAGUAUCACUGGGAAUAAAUAUACGAAUUCAAUGUGUUCAAGGUUAGUGAAUGAUAAUUUAGGUUCAUCAUCAAAAAAUGAAACUAAUUGUAACUCUGACAAUAAUGAGAUGAAGCAAACGCCUGGCGAAAAACAGGCAUUCAUACAAUGGGUGGAGAAAUGGCGUUGUGUAAACGCAGAAUUUAUAGCUAAGCAACUGGUUAAGAAUUCGAAACUGUCACCUGAAAACGAAGGUGAUGCUUAUCAAGAUUUAGAGAAAUCUAAUGAUACUGUGAACAGAGGCAGGAUAUCAGUGCGGGAGAAGACUGCCCCCGGAGAUUAUGGUGUGUAUAUGGAUACAUUGAAGACAAUGUAUAGAACGUUGGUUAGUCGACCAUUGUCUAUGCUGCAUCGUGGUAUUAAAGAAGUGGCCGGUCAGUUAAAAACGCAUAAAUUCAAGCACUCAGAAGGUGUUAACCGGACACUGAAAGAAAUGCGAAAUCUGUUCACAAAUCAGCGACUGUGA